AUGCAGCCCAGACCAAAUGACAAUCACCAAGCUCGGCACUGGUAUGCCGUGAUCACGGGCUUCCUCCUCAUCUACUACCCCUUUGGGACGGGGGUGCUCCACGCCCUCGUCCCAUCCUCCCUCAUAUACCUGGCGAUGUGCGCCUUCCCCACCCACUGCGGGACGCUGGCGUGGCUGAUCGCCUUCCCCUACCUCAUCAUGAACCACGUCUUCCAGGCCAGCGGUCUGUCAUGGAAGGAGGGCCAGCUCGACUUCACGGGGGCCCAGAUGGUCCUGACCCUCAAGCUCGUUGCCAUCGGCGUGUGCUACCAGGACGGCCGCACCCACGCAGACAAGCACGAUCGCCCGUACCGGGCUGCCAUGCGCCUCGAUCGCCUGCCCAGUCUGCUCGAGUACUACAGCUACUGCUUUGCCUCGGGGAACUUGCUGGCCGGCCCCUUCUUCGAGGCCAAGGAGUACUUUGACUUCAUCGAGCGGAGGGGCGACUGGGACGAGGCGGCGCACGGCCGCCUGCAGUCCUCCCUGCUCCCGGGCGCGCUGCGCUUCCUCAGGGGCGCCGCCUGCGCCACGCUGUGGAGCGUGCUGGGCCGCGAAUUCAACGCCACGCUGCUGGAGUCGCGGUGGUGGAACACAAUCUCCGUGCGCCACAGGGUCGCUCUCAUCUUGCUCACUGGCUUCACCGCCCGCCUCAAGUACUACUUUGUCUGGUCUGUGGCGGAGGCGGGCCUGAUCAUGUCUGGCCAGUGCUACUCCGGGCUCUCACAAAAGGGCCGGGCCUCCUGGGGGCGGUUUGUCAACACUCGCAUCCGUGCGGUGGAGUUCCAGCCGUACAUGUCGGCGCUGGCGGGCAACUGGAACAUUUGCACCGGCAAAUUCCUGCGGCACCAUGUGUACGAUCGCCUGACCCCCAAGGGUCGCAGACCCACGGUGGUGACCACGCUGGCCACGCAGCUGACCUCGGGGGUGUGGCACGGCCUAUUCCCGGGAUACUGGGCCUUUUUUGCCACCUCGGCGCUCAUGUUUGAGGCGUCCAAGGUCAUGUAUCGGUACGAGCAGGGCUGGCCUGUCUGGGCCAGAAGCUUCUGGCCCUGGCAGGCGGCCAAGAUGGCGUUGACAUCCUGUGUGCUCAACUACGCCGCCAUGUCCUUCCUGGUGCUGACCUGGCAGGACACCUGGAACCUGUGGAGGUCGGUGGGCUUCUAUGGCCACGGCCUGGUGCUGGCCAUCAUGCUGGUGGGCGCCGUGCUCCCGCCACGCAGGCGGCCCCGGGACCAGAGGGCCCGGGGCGGCGACGAGGGCGUGGUCGCCGGCGAGCCGGCGGCCGCGGUGCCUGGCCAGCAGGCACCGGCGGGACGUGAGAAGUCCGCUUGA